GCCAAAGUUUUCAGUAGUUAUUGUUCGAAAGUCUAGUCAACACUGCCUCAUAAUGGCAGCGUUAAUAAAAUUAACCAAACUCCUGAUACUUUCAAUAAUUUACCUAAGUUCAACAACUUUCGCAUCGAAUAUUCUUUGCCUCUUCACCAGCACUGGUCAAUCGCAUCUUAUAAUUCAUAUGGCUAUUGCCAGGACGCUGGCCGAUAGAGGUCAUAAUGUCACGGUUGUGACAACUUUACCACUCAAAGACUUAAAUCCAAAAUACAAUCAUAUCUACCUGCCCCCUGAGGAGGAUGACAUUUCCAACUAUCGGAAGAUGUUGAGUACCGUUGCAACAGGCACCAAUUGGUGGCAAUCAACUAAGUUACUAUUUAUGGCCAAUGUCGAACGAGUUCGGAUGCAGGAUGGAGCGAUUAGAAAUCCCCGUUUUCAAGAACUUCUAAACAAUCCAGGGAAUCAUUUUGAUCUAUUGAUUUUAGGAAUAGUGUUUAAUAACUAUCAAAUUGGAGUAGCAGCACAUUUCAAGUGCCCCAUAAUCCUAAGCUGGAUAAAUCAACCACCAAGGAGUUUGUUAGCUUACGUUGGAAGUCCCUGGUCAGUAUCGAGUGUUGGCCUCUUUGGCUCUUCGAAUAUGUUGAAUUUCAAAGACAGGCUUAAGAAUUUUUUAAAUGCUGGCUUAAUUAUGGCGAUCGAAGAGUUUUCCGAAUACAAAAUGGCGCAAUAUUAUGAAGAUCACUUCUCUGCGGAGCGGUAUCCCUCGUUUGACGAUAUGAACAAGAACAUAUCCCUUGUGUUUGGGGCAAGUCACUUCAGUGAGGGUCGAAUACGCCCCUUAACUCCAGGUUUUGUAGAAAUAGGAGGAAUUCAGGUCAAAGAAGCGCCAGAAACACUUCCAAAGGACAUAGAAGAAUUUCUCAAAACUGCCAAAGAUGGUUUUAUCCUCUUCAGUCUCGGCACUAACAUCAAGAGCAAGGAUAUCUCAGCGAAUGCCACUACAGCAAUGUUCAAAGUUCUAUCACAAUCCAAGUACAAAAUUAUUUGGAAAUGGGAUAGUGCCGAUCUACCUGGAGAAUCACCCAAUAUCAUGUUCAAAAAAUGGCUUCCUCAAGAUGACCUGCUCGCUCAUCCAAAAUUGAAGCUUUUCAUCACCCAUGGGGGAAAAGGCAGCUUAGUGGAAGCUCAAUACCAUGGCGUUCCGAUGCUUACCAUUCCAAUGUAUGGAGAUCAACCAGCAAAUGCUCAGGAAAUGGCUGGUAUGGGCUAUGGCUUGAUUGUCAAUCAUCGAAAUGUUACCGAGCAAAGUUUUCGAAGGGAUUUCUAUGAGGUUCUUGAAAAUCCGGUCUAUUUAGGAGCGAUUUCGAGCUUUUCGAAAAUCUACAGAGAUCGUCCACUAACUCCGAGACAAAGUGUUAUCUAUUGGACGGAGUAUGUUAUACGACAUCAUGGGGCAAAGCACAUGCAGAGUCCGGCAGUCCAUAUGAAUCUGUGGCAGAAGAACAGUCUUGAUGUUAUAGCAUUUUUGGUAACAGUUUUGUAUCUAGGUUACUGGAUCCUUAGAAGGGUAAUUACUAUGUUCUACAAGCUGCUUAUGUCGCUAAAAGAAAGGAAAUUAAAGUCUGAAUAGAAAAGUA